CCGGCGGGCCCGAGGCCGAGGCGCGCGCUGCCCCCUGCCUCUACGGCUUGAGCCCAGCCAGCCCCCGGACGCGCCGUCCCCGGGUCCGCGGUCCCCGGGCUUCUACCGGUGCUGCCCACCUCUUGUGGCCUCAACCCCCUCCCUGCGGCGCUGCGUGUGGCCGCUGCCGCCUCCACCCAGAUCCCGAGCCCCUGCUGGCCAUGGAAGUGGCGCCAGAGCAGCCGCGCUGGAUGGCGCACCCCGCCGUGCUGAAUGCGCAGCACCCCGACUCGCACCACCCGGGCUUGGCACACAACUACAUGGAGCCCGCGCAGCUGCUGCCUCCCGACGAGGUGGACGUCUUCUUCAACCACCUCGACUCACAGGGCAACCCCUAUUAUGCCAACCCGGCGCACGCGCGGGCACGCGUCUCCUACAGCCCCGCACACGCCCGCCUCACCGGAGGCCAGAUGUGCCGGCCACACUUGUUGCACAGCCCUGGGUUGCCCUGGCUGGACGGGGGCAAAGCAGCCCUCUCUGCUGCUGCUGCAGCACACCACCACAAUCCCUGGACCGUGAGCCCCUUCUCCAAGACUCCACUGCACCCCUCGGCUGCUGGAGGCCCGGGAGGCCCACUUUCCGUGUACCCAGGGGCUGGCGGUGGGAGUGGGGGAGGCAGCGGGAGCUCGGUGGCCUCCCUCACACCCACCGCAGCCCACUCGGGCUCCCACCUCUUUGGCUUCCCACCCACGCCACCUAAAGAAGUGUCUCCUGACCCCAGCACCACAGGGGCUGCCUCCCCGGCCUCAUCCUCUGCUGGAGGCAGUGCAGCCCGGGGGGAGGAGAAGGAUGGCGUCAAGUACCAAGUGUCGCUAACUGAGAGCAUGAAGAUGGAAAGCAGCAGUCCGCUGCGCCCAGGCCUGGCGGCCAUGGGCACCCAGCCUGCCACACACCACCCCAUCCCCACCUACCCUUCCUAUGUGCCAGCCACUGCCCACGACUACGGCAGCGGACUCUUCCACCCUGGAGGUUUCCUGGGCGGCCCUGCCUCCAGCUUCACCCCCAAGCAGCGCAACAAGGCACGCUCCUGCUCAGGCCGGGAGUGUGUCAACUGUGGGGCCACAGCCACCCCUCUCUGGCGGCGAGAUGGCACUGGCCACUACCUGUGCAACGCUUGCGGGCUCUAUCACAAGAUGAACGGGCAGAACCGGCCGCUCAUCAAGCCCAAGCGGAGACUGGUAGGCAACGGGCUGGGGCCGGCUGGGGGUGGACGUCCUAGGUCUGAGCAGCGCCCGGUGGACGUUAACCUGAGCAGGAGCGGACAGUUAAAGAAAUCGGCUGCCAGGAGAGCAGGCACCUGUUGUGCAAAUUGUCAGACAACAACCACCACCUUAUGGCGCCGAAACGCCAAUGGAGACCCCGUCUGCAACGCCUGUGGCCUCUAUUACAAGCUGCACAACGUUAACAGGCCACUGACCAUGAAGAAGGAAGGGAUCCAGACUCGGAACCGGAAGAUGUCCAACAAAUCCAAGAAGAGCAAGAAGGGGGCUGAGUGCUUCGAGGAGCUGUCUAAGUGUAUGCAGGAGAAGUCAUCCCCCUUCAGUGCGGCCGCCCUGGCCGGACACAUGGCGCCUGUGGGUCAUCUCCCACCCUUCAGCCACUCCGGACACAUCUUGCCCACGCCGACACCCAUCCACCCCUCCUCCAGCCUCUCUUUUGGCCACCCCCACCCGUCCAGCAUGGUGACCGCCAUGGGCUAGGGAUAGCCUUCCACUGAACGGACAGAUGGAUGUAGAGUAGGGAGAAGGCCAAGCAAGACUGGGCGCCCCCAGGAUGGGUGACAAACCCUUGGCUGCCCAUCCUUCCCUGAAGACCGUUGCCACUCCUGCCUGCGCAGCCGAGCCGAAGGCCUCCAUCUCCUUGUGGCCCCUGACCGGUGCCCACCCCACCUGUUGGCAAUUACUGUGAAGCCCACCCCCUGGGUGGAGAGGCUGCCUCUGCUCCUUGCCACCCAGGUGGGAUUGCCAUCACGAACAGUUGUUUGGAGAGCAAAAAAGACAACUUUAUGAAGAGCAAAGGAGGGACAUUUUUAGAAGGAAAAAGGAGUAGGCAAAAAUAAUUUAUUUUGCUCUUGUUUAUAACAAGGACCUAAGGACACGGAGAUCCGAGCAAUUCCAAGUCCUCCUGGCCAAACCCUCCUUAGGCCAAAUGCCGCUCAGCUGGUCUCCUUGCCAGGUCUCUGGGAUAGAUCUGGGGGUCUCGACCUGUAUUCUGUGCACCUCUGGUGUCCUCCUCUGAAAUAAAUGGACUCCAGGCUGGGCUGGGCCGAGGCCAGAAGGACCCCCUGACGGGAGGGUGAGCUGGUGUGGGCCAAGCUGCUGGUCCUGGAGGGCAGGCCCCUGUGGGAGAGACAAUCACAGGCGGUCCUGCGCAGAUUCCCAGGCCAGGGUUGGGUCACAGGAAGGAAACGACAUUUUCUUGAAAGGGGAAACGUCUCCCAGAUCGCUCCCCUGACUCUGAGGCUGAAGCUGUUGUGGUCCAUGUCCCUGUAAUGGGCUGGAGCCGCAGCCCUGUCUUCUCAGCCCGGGAACGGACCGCUGUACAUACAUCCCUUUUCUGCUAACCCCCCAGCCCCUUCCCCUCCCACUCUGAGGUAAAAGAAAAAAUGUUUAAAAACAAACUGCAUAAGCUUAUCUCGCUGAUGAGUUAUUUUAUUUUUAAACUCUUUUUGGAUCCAGUCAAUUGUACGUUACCACAGAAGUUCUGCUAUGGAAAGAAAUAAAAUCUACAAACCCAG